AUGACUGUAGCAGCAGGAAUCGGGUACGCGCUGAUAGCUCUAGGACCGUCUCUCUCCCUCUUUGUUUCCGUAAUUUCCAAAAAACCAUUCUUGAUCCUCACUGUUCUCUCAAGUACACUAUUGUGGCUUAUAAGCUUAAUUGUGUUGUCUGGAAUAUGGAGGGGUUUUCUUCCACUGAAUACUACUGCAGUUUGGCCUUAUGGAAUACUCAUUCUCUCAUCCGUUGCUUUCCAAGAAGGACUCAGGCUUUUCUUCUGGAAAAUAUUUAAAAGGUUAGAAGAUAUUUUAGAUGCUUUUGCUGAUAGAGUAUCAAAACCACAUCUUUUCCUGACAGAUAAAAUGCUGAUUGCUCUGGCUGGUGGUUUGGGUCAUGGUGUGGCCCAUGCUGUGUUCUUCUGUAUCAGCCUAUUGACUCCUGCAUUUGGUCCAGCUACAUAUUUUGUUGAUAAGUGUUCAAAGAUUCCAUUUUUCCUUCUUUCUGCGGUUAUUGCUCUUGCAUUUGUCACCAUCCACACCUUUUCGAUGGUCAUUGCAUUUAAUGGAUAUGCAGAGGGGAACAAAGUGGAUUGUUAUUUUGUUCCUAUUGUUCACGUUGUUGCAGGAAUGCUGACAAUGGUAAAUUUGGUACCUGGGGGUUGCGCUGUUGGCAUUCCUCUCCUUUAUUUCACUGCGAUCUUGACCCUAAUUCAUUGUGGGAGGAUGGUUUGGAGAAGAUUGACAGAAAAUCCAAUCAGAUCGAUUCACUCAUAG